CAGCAGCCAACGCCCUUAAGUCUUCAAUAACUAUCACCUCGCCUAUCUAUAUCACUCACUUGUCCUCUACCACAACCGAUUUGCAAUGGUUCUCCAAGUCAACUGGCUGGUUCUGGCCGUCCUCUCCUGGACAUCACUCUCUCAAGCUCGCCCUGACAACCUGAGAGGCCGCGCGCCUCCCGUCUCAAACACAUGCGCCUGCUUACCUGUACCGGACGGCACACCAAGCGUUUCCACCAAGACCGAAAUCAUCCAUGAGACUGUCUAUCAGAGUGCCUUCGUGACUAGGCAGGUCAUCACUGCAACUGUUACGAUGACUCAGGCACCAGUGGUCGUGACUGAGACAGUCCGCGCUACGGAGUCUUAUGGCGAACAGGUGACUGUUACUUGCACUGAGGUCAUCAGCGAAGGUCCCGAUGGCUCCGUGACCACCUUGACCAAGCCUCCUGGAGGUGACUGGUCCUCGGAAACGAAGACGAGUACCUCUCUCGGCGGCUCCGAGACCAAGUCGCCUCACCACAGCGACGAUAGCGAGGCUACCCAGGCAAAUAGCGGAUCCGCCACAGGCACUCGUACUGAUUCCGGUGCCGACAAGCCUACCCACUCUUCCGGCGGAGACAACGGCGACCACGGUACCGAAUCCAAGCCGACUUCAGCGCACCACUGCAAGCACUGGGACGGGACCAAGUGUGUCAAGCCGACUGUUGCCCCUGAUCCCACCGCCGUUACUUCUACCGCGGUGGUAACGACCACGGUUAAGGGCACGACAAUCGAAAGCGCCCUACCCACCUAUGUAGAUUGCUCCGUCUCGGUGGCUCUUGUCACCGUCUACAAUACUGUUACAGCGACCGUCUACCAAAGCGGUGCCUUGCCCGCGACAAGUCCGGUUCAUUUACCUCGCGCGCCGACGGCGGCCGCGGCACGAUAAUACGUUCGUUCCAGUGGAGUUUCGAACAUGUGUGACAUAUGGACGGGAAUCUCAGCGGGAGCACAUAUUUCUCCCCUAAUAUGGAGGGUCAUGGUGAAAAGUAAUGUUUACUAGAGUUAGAGACGUUUUCCAAUAAUUAACAACCAUUCGUCGAGAAGCUGUGG